GUAGCCAUUUGUAAUCACACCUUCUUUUUAAUCUUCACAAGCUCAUCUUAGGGUUAAGAUAUAUAUCAGCUGAAAGUACACAAAAUGGGUAUUUUAAAUUGGGGGUUCAGAGCCAACAUCAAGGUUCAUCACGUUGACGAUGAUAAUUCCAUUGCUUUCCCAACCAGAAAUGGAUCGGGAACCAUCAAAUUCACCGAGUUUAUCAGGGAAAACUUGAGCCUCAUUGACCCUAGCAAGAGAUUAUGGUUGAAUCCGCUUUUGUUUACUGGUUCAUUGCAAACUUUGUACUAUGCUUCUGCUGACAGUUCCAGCAAGUUUCAAAUUUACUACGGCCGAGAAUUGUUUACUUAUUCCGACGGGGGUAUCUGUUCGUUAGAUUGGGUGAUUCCUAAACCUGAAGACAAGGAUGCGUUCAAGGAGCAAGCUAAGGAAAGUGUGCCUGAAGGAUUCCCAAGGUUGCAUCCAAGAACGAGAUACUUGACAGAUGACGAGGUUGACGCCAGACGUGCCGGAGAUGUAGCUUCCGAUGUGCCUCUUGUUGUUAUCUUCCACGGUUUAGGUGGUGGAAGUCAUGAAUCGUUGAUCCGUAACUUUGCCGAAAGUAUCCAAAAGAACACUAAUGAUCAUUGGGAUAUUGUUGUUGUCAACAACCGUGGAUGUUGCAGAACCAAAAUCACAAGUGCCAAGUUGUUCAAUGCAGGUUCCACCGAUGAUCUCAGAGAAGUUUUGGUUGAUUUCAAAAAGAGAUAUCCCAAGAGACCAAUCUAUGCUGCUGGGUUCUCGUUUGGUGCUGCCAUGCUUGCCAAUUUCUUAGGGGAAGAGCAAGAGCACCUUGAAGAAAAGACCGAGGAUUUAGUCAAGGCUGCUUGUGUGGUUGGGUGUCCUUGGGAUUUUGUCGAUAGUGCCUACCAUAUCAAUGAGUCAUGGACUGGUAAAUACCUUCUUAAUCCAUCAUUAGCCCAAUUCUUGAAUAAGAUUGUCAAGAAUAAUGCUGAAGAUUUCAACAAGUUUGAUCCUACUUUCUUGACUGAAGAAGCGAUCGCAAGAGCUGCCAAGGCCAAGACUACUUGGGAAUUCGAUGAUGCCAUUACUUCCAAGACCACGCCUUAUAAGAAUGCAUUUGAAUAUUAUCGAGAAUUGUCUCCACAACGGAGAAUCCAAAAGAUUAACACUCCACUUUUGAUUAUAAACUCGACUGAUGAUCCUGCUGUCGGUACGAGAUUGCCUAUUCUUGAUGCCAAGACCAAUCCUUAUUUGUGUCUUGUUGAAACUGACUUGGGUGGUCAUUUAGGGUACGUCAAGACCUCGGGUGAAUUCUGGUGUGUUGAAGUUAUUGAACAAUUCUUCCAGAAGUUUGCUGAGGUUCUUGUCUAGUUUCAUCUGCAUGCCAUGCUAAAAUAACAGCUGAUGCAUACUACAAAUGCAAACUACGAGGAAGUCAACUUUAAAUAGAGAAUUGUAUAGAAAUAGAAAUAGAAAUAGAAAUAGAAAUAGAAUCACGCAAUGA